AUGGUUUGUCUAAACAUAAGUCCAAAGGUGGCACUGGUUGACGAGAAAAUCUCCAUCACAGUUACUGACCUUUGUCCACUACAGCGAGUGACAGUACAGGCAUGGGUGGAAGAAGGAAAGGCAGUGUUCAGCUCAUGUGGCCAUUUCCUGGCAGACCAACAAGGACAGGUCGAUAUUGCUCAACAUGCGUCAUUGGGAGGAUCAUACAGAGGUAUUGACAGUAUGGGCCUGUUCUGGAGUAUGAAGCCUGUCCCAGGAAUGUCAAAGGCCGCGCUUCUCAGGAAGGUAGACGUGACAACACCUCUGGUCUUCAGACUAUCAGUCAUAGAUGACCACAUCCCCUUUGCUGACCUCCAGCAGCUCACGACAGUGGUGCUGGUUACAGACGAGGUACAACGCUGGUACAAACACGGUUCUGUGAGGAGGAUUGUCAUGCGUGAAGGUUCUCUGAGAGGAACUCUCUUCUUGCCUGCAGGUGAAGGGCCAUUUCCUGGAGUGCUCGACAUGUUUGGUUCAGCGGGAGGUCUUGCGGAGUUCCGUGCUGCCUUGUUGGCUUCUAGAGGCUUUGCUUGCUUUGCUCUUGCUUACGUCAGAUAUGAUGAUCUGCCUACUUCAUUGGCUGACAUUGACUUUGAAUACUUUCUUGAUGCUGUGGACUGGCUGGCCUCUCUUCCCUAUGUCCAGGCUGGAGGUAUCGGUGUGGUCGGUACCUCAAAGGGAGGUGAACUGGCCUUCCUGCUUGGCAUGGCCACUGAUCAGGUGAAGGCUUUGGUGAAUAUCUGUGGUGCUCCGGUGUAUGGAUUUGAUGAUCUAACAAAGAGUGGACAUUCUUUUUGGAAAGGGUUCAAGAUGGAUGAAAGUAAAUUGAGACAAACCGAUGAAGGUGUUUAUUUGAAAGACGCGGCUCGCUAUGACACUGAAAUCAUACCAGCCUGGUCGAAUAAUGCCCAGAUCUUAUACUUGUGUGGUGAAGAUGAUGGCGUAUGGAGAACAGACUUUUCCAAUACAUUCAUUGAGACUUGUCCUGAAGAGAAGAAAAAUAACAUUGAACUCAUCAUCUAUCCAUGUACAGGACAUCUUAUUGAGCCACCAUACAUGCCCGUGUCCAGAGCAAUGUUCCAUAAAGUCCUUGGCUAUACACUGGUGAUGGGAGGACAGCCUAAAGCUCAUGCUGCAGCCCAGGAGGACGCCUGGAGAAGACUUCUUCACUUUCUCCACAAACACUUGCCACAUGAGCAUCACACAUCUGGUCGGUUAUAGCUAAAACACUGUUCUAUACCCUUAAAUAUUUUAUAUUUGGCGUAAGUCUAUCCACUUCGUCCACCAACAACUUAAUACAAGAUAUGAACCAUUCGAAUUGGAAUUGACGGAUACCAUAACAUCAUUGCGUAAAUGUUGAUGGUUUACACCUACCGACAGACGUUCAGCUUUGGAGGGCUUUUCGGAAAUUCAGACGCCAACGGACGGAUUAUAAUAGGAAACAAUAUUGCAAAUUAGGAAAUAUCUACAAAUCAACAUGUAGGAAAUUCAAAUCUAACAUCCAAAGAUCAAGACUGACAGAACUCUAUUGCACGUUAUACAGCCCAUCCACGCUUUCGAAAACGAUUCGUUCAUGUCCAAACCGGAACACUCACAAACCAAACAUAUCAGCAAAUGCAUGGCUAUCACAUUUUAAAAAUCUAUUUUUAUCUGAUGAAGCACCAUGUUAUUCUGAAUGCUUAUAUCCUGAAGAUGUUGGCAAGCACACUAACAAAUAUGUAGACAUACAAAUUCUAGAAUCACUUAUAACGCCUACAGAAAUCCAAGACGCCUUUUCCGAGCUUAAGACUGUAAACUCUGUCGGUGUCGACUAAAUUAUAUCGGAAAUGAUCAAAUAUUCUCUACCUAACUCUAUGCCAUUUCUUGUGAGAUGUUUCAAUAAAAUAUUUGAUGAGGGUACGUUCCCAUCCACAUGGGCGAAAUCAAUUAUCAUCCCCAUAUUUAAACAUGGUAAUGUGAACAACCCUGGCAACUACCGGGGUAUUUUUUUAACUGGUAUCUGAGGUAAGGUAUUUACCAGUAUUAUCAAUAACAGACUGAUUUAGUGGUCGAACAUGUGGGACCUGAUACCCGAAGCGCAGGCUGGAUUCUGGAAAGGCUAUUCCACAUUUGUCCAUAUUUGACCAUACACUGCAUGCAGUAACUGAAAAAGAUCUCUCAUAUAAUAAACGUAAAUUAUAUGUUGCCUUUGUGAACUUCAAAAAAACAUUCGAUUCUGUGGAUAGACGUCGAUUGUGGAAAUGUUUACAAAAUCACAACUUUGAUGGCCAAAUGUAUAUGAUACUUAAAUCAAUUUAUCAAAAUGUUAAAUCAUAUGUUCGAUGUGACAAGGCUGACUUUUUCGAUCGGUCAGCGUCACGGAUGUGUAUUGAGCCCUAUGCUAUAUUCAUUUUUGAUUAAUGAACUAUACAAUGAAAUUUCACUUUCUGGAAAACAUAGAGUCCAACUUUUUCCUGACAUAAUAGAACUUUUGAUGUUGUUGUUUGCGGAUGAUGUCAUUCUUUUGUCAAGCACCAUAUCAGGAUUACAGAACCAACUCGAUAUUCUGUCAGUGUACUCGGAUAAAUGAAGACUUGAAGUAAACUUAGAUAAGACAAAUAUUGUGACUUUUAGAAAAGGAGGGCCUACUGCAUUGAGAGAAAUGGUGGCAUUUAAAGGUGAAGAUAUGAAUACUGGGAAUAUAAAUACCUUGGAAUAUUAUUCACAAGUACAUGAAACGUAAGUAAAUCGGUGUUAAAUGUAUCAACAAGAGCAAAGAAAGCUUUCUUUCAAUUACAGUCUGUUGUGUUUAAACUUGGCUUUGCUACACCUCACAUUUUCUUUAAACUGUUUGAUUGUCAAAUACGGCCGAUCUUAUUGUUUGGCGGAGAAAUAUGGGGCUGUCGAGAGCUUUAUUCAAUCGAAAAGGUUCAACUGUAAAAUAUUUCUUAAUGUGGGAAUGUCAACUCCCAGUAAUAUGGUUUAUGGUGGAUGUGGGAGGUUCCCACUAUAUAUAACAUCUUAUACUCGUUAUUGGCUGAAGUUAUUAUGUAAGCCUGCCAAAGAAAUAGUAUAAUAUGCUGGUAUAUCUUAAUAAUAUUGGAAAGGACACAUGAGCUUCCCGUGUACGCUUGACUCUUUUUGAUUAUGGCUUUGGACUCAUAUGUAUCUCGCAAUCUAUUGGUGACAUUCAUAUGUUUUACAACAAUUUAGUACUCGUGCUAUAGAUAUGUUCAUUCAGGAGUGGCAUUCUAGGCUUUCAGGAAGUUCGAGAUACGACACAUAUCGUAACAUUAAGUCUCUCCUUGAACCAGAGUCGUUUCGUUCAAAUUAAAGAUGCACACACUUCCGCAAUACAUGCAUACGCUUUAAUAGGCUUGGUCUGAAUGAUUUAAAAGUGAAUAGAGGAAAAUAUUAAAGUUUGAAAAGUCCCGUCUGUAACCUUGGCGCUGAAGACGAAUUUCAUUUUAUGUUUAUUUGCCCCAUAUAUACCAAAAUAAGAAGGAAAUAUCUACCCGUCUGAUCAUUUUCAUGUAUAUCUACUAAUAACUUUGAAUGUCAGCUGUCAAGCAAAAAAUUAUAGCUUUCAACUGCAAGUGUCUUUAUGCGUACAUCAUACUUUUGUGUUACGUCUGUUGUUGUUGUCUUGAUACUCCGUAUACUACAAUAUUUGUUAAUAUAACUGACGGAAGUGUAUGUCUAUGUAACCUACUUGUAUAUGGGCCAAUGGCCUUUCAUACAAUAAACCA